CCUCGAAGGCCUCAUGUCCUGUCUUUGGCAGACAACAAUCACCUUCUUCCCUUGCAGGUGUUAAUCCAACCAACCAAUCAAGCGGUCAGAGAGAGCUAAGCAAGCAAUCUAAAACCCAUGGCGGAGGCUCUUGAAGAUGAAGAAGAACAAGGUCACACUGAGGCCGGUCAACUACUUGACUUCCGUACCGCUUUCCACGGAAGCGUGUUUGAGAAAUAUCAUGUGCUUCCUCUCCAACUGGCUACCCUUGAUGCAGGUUCUGUGGUCUGGACACCUCCCUUUAUUAAGAUAUGCCAUUUCUUGUUGCUGCCUGGUAAUGGCGACCUCCUUAAGAGGAAUCGUGAAGCUUUCGUUAACGAGUUCGUCCAGUUUUGCGACGCUGAAGAUGAUACUAUACGUCAGCUGCGUCCGCUCAUCGGGAAGCUGGAGCCGAUUAUUGCCGACUGCCAUGAUGCUGCGGACGUGGCUAGUAAGUUCAUGACUGAAUUCGGCCUGUUCAGGAAGGGAGAGGAAUCAGAAGAUGCCGUUCGGGAUCGUUUCAGAAAGAUGGGUACUUAUCGAGGUUCGUACACAGAUCUGCACGUCGGUCAAUACUUGGCUCUCUGCAUCCAGCAGUUUGCGCUCUCGCAUUCUAUGCGGGUGUUGGUCCGAGCGUUCCGGCGGGCGGGAGUAGAUGUCACCCGUGAGUGUGAUGAAACCCUAGCCAGGAAACUGUAUGACGUUGGCAAAGCAGGUGCUCCUGACUUUGAUUAUUUGCCGAUCGACAACUUCAAUAUAUUUGAUACAAUUGUGCACCUCAUCGAUUUUGAUCUGGUAGGAAUCGACGGUGAGCACUUCCCACUGCGAAUGAUCCUAACCACCUACCCCUCCAAUCAUGAUGGCUGGUCUGCGGAGGUCAGGGACCGUCAGAAGGGCACCCUCAUUGCGAUAUGUGCAGGUGAGAUGUCUGAUGACGUACUUGAUGAAUGGUAUAAUGAGGACACAGGAGCUCGCACGUUGGUGAAGAUUCUGGAUGGCAAUGUCGUCGAAGAACGGUACAAGCCGCACGGUGAUGUCCCUACGCGCCUAACAACAGUCACAACGUCAGCGGAUUCUUCUUCUUCUCGCUUUUGUAAGCUAGGAGAUGGCGGGGUGCUCGAUGAGGAUGAGGAUUGUGAUGCUGCUCCUGCUGCGGUGUUGUUGGCGCUGCACUGAUCUUCGCUCUGCGAUGCUGCUGCUAGUGCUGCACGAUUGUGGCACUGAUG